GCCGGCGCCGACGGUGGAGGGACGCGCGCGAGCCGCUGCUGCCCCCACCCGCCGCCCCAACGGCCGCCGCGCCAUGAAAACGAAGUUCUGCAACGGCGACGCCGACCCGUCCCCGCUCGGGCUCCUCCUCGGCCGUGGGUCCGCCGCGGCCGGGCAGCCGCCCUCGCCGCUGGCUCAUCCCGACCCCGAGGGGAAGGACCCCGCUGCGGCGGGCAGAAGCGGCGGCGCCUCGACCCCGCCCCCGGCGCUGCCGCCGCCGCCCGAGGAAGAGUCGCCGCCGCUCGACCCCCAGACGCAGCGCCGGGCGUAUCUGUGGUGCAAGGAGUUCCUGCCGGGGGCCUGGCGAGGGCUCCGGGAGGAGCAGCUGCACAUCAGCCCCAUCAGAGGUGGCCUCAGCAACAUGCUGUUUCAGUGCUCACUACCUGAUACCAUUGAGACAGUUGCAGAUGAACCACGGAAAGUUCUCCUGCGCUUAUACGGUGCAAUCCUGCAGAUGAGGUCCUGUGAUAAAGGAGAGUCUGUACAGCCUCAGAAAGAAAAUGACUUACAAGGGGCAGAAACCAUGGUUCUGGAAAGUGUUAUGUUUGCCAUUCUUGCAGAGAGAGCGCUUGGCCCAAAGCUGUAUGGAAUCUUUCCACAAGGGCGACUGGAGGAAUUCAUUCCCAGCAGGAAACUGAGGACUGAAGAACUAAGCUUACCUGACAUAUCUGCUGAAAUAGCUGAGAAGAUGGCUAGAUUUCAUGGCAUGAAAAUGCCAUUUAAUAAAGAACCUAAGUGGCUUUUUGGAACAGUGGAAAAGUAUCUAAAUCAAGUGCUGAGAAUUAAAUUUACCAAUGAAUCCAAAACCAGAAAACUGAACAAACUUCUCAGUUACAACCUCCCUGAGGAAAUGAAAAGUCUAAGAGCUGUGCUUGAAGCUACUUCAUCACCAGUUGUAUUUUGCCACAAUGACUGUCAAGAAGGUAAUAUCUUACUUUUGGAAGGCAGAGAGAAUUCAGAAGACCAAAAGCUGAUGCUCAUUGACUUUGAAUACAGCAGCUAUAAUUACCGAGGAUUUGACAUUGGAAAUCACUUCUGUGAAUGGAUGUAUGAUUACUCGUAUGAAAAGUACCCAUUCUUCAAAGCUAGUGUUCUGAAAUAUCCUUCAAAGAAACAACAGCUUCAUUUUAUCUCCAGUUACCUGUCUGCAUUCCAUGAUGGCUUUGAAAGUCUGAGCAAUGAAGAGAAGUCCAAACUAGAAGAAGAAGUUUUGGUAGAAGUUAACAGGUUUGCCCUUGCAUCACACUUCUUCUGGGGUCUGUGGUCUAUUAUACAAGCAAAGAUCUCAUCCAUUGAGUUUGGUUACCUGGAAUAUGCGUUAUCCAGAUUUGAUGCCUACUUUGAUCAGAAGAGGAAGCUGAAAGUGUGAAUGUGGGAGGAGUGGCCUGUUGGUUACUGUAUGAAGAGGGCAGCUGGACAGAACUUUCACUGUGCUUAGGCUACUGUAUCUCUAACGAAGGUGUCACUGAAUUCCAGUUUCUGGGAAUGCAGGUGUACAGUACUGAAGACUAUAAAAAUGACUUGUUUACAGUUUCGUAAAUACUUGGAAUGAGACUGGGAGGCAAAAGUAAAAUACAACAGUGCAAUAUCUUUAAAUCUUUUCAAUCUAGAAGCUAUAUUAUGGGAGAAGCUUACAAUUAAGUGUCAAUACCACAUGCAUCAGAGCAAACUUUUACUGUGAGUACUUUUGGGGGGGGUGUUGGCAUUAUGUUUUGUGUUUGUAAGCAGAACAGCUAUAAAAAAUGAUUCAUUCCUCUUCAUGAGAAGGAAAAGCGAAGGAGACAACUGCUAAACUGUGAAGUAGGCUUAAAAACUUACUGUGAGGUUAGGUUCAACAUGCCCCAUGAACACUAUCUUCAAAGCUGCUGAUAAGUUACACCACUUUAACCAGAAGCAACUAAACACAUUGAAGCGCAGAGUGCUUUAAAGUGUUACUGACACAUGCAUGAAUGUUUCUCUUAAGCUAGUGUGCCUGGGAAGUGAAGUAUGAAUGAGCUUUGAACUGGGCAUUCGGAAGGAGUUUGUUUUGAACUGUUCAUUCCAUGUCCUGCAAGAACAUGCUUUAGCCCAGCCUGGUUGUCUCUUAAAAUGCUGUGUCCUGCACAGGGGGUUCUGUGGACUGGCAGCACUAGGAAGAGUGCCUUGAAUUGCUCUAGCAGCUCCCCAGAUAAUUGGAUUGGCAUUGACAAUACUGGUAACUGAAGCCUGUCUCUCUUCUUGUGUUGCCACAAUAUAUGGCUGUAAGAAAUAGUAGAGCCAAAGACUGGAGAACACUUCAGGAAAUUGUUCUGCCCAUCCAGUCCUUAUGUGGCUUGGGAGGUGCUUCUCUUGCACCUUCAAUUCUCAUCAUGUUCCAGCGAUUCAGUAAAGUGGAGCAUCUUGUGGGGAACAAUAACAUGUAUAUUGAAACUUGAGUAUAAUCUAUGUACAUGUCAUCUAAAGAUUUCUUUAGAUUUUUGGGAGCUUGUUUAUUUUGAAUGUUACUUGUUUGUGCUUUCUAACACACUGUACUAUAAAUAAACUUCAAAGUCUACACUUUUUGACUUGUAUAGCAAAUACUGUUCCAAGCAGCUGAAAAAUGUGCAGCAUUUCAUGUACUGUAUAGCAUAACUUGUAAAAGCUGUCAUUUUAUUCUCUUGUAUAGAGAAUCAUUUUCCAUAUGUUCAAUUAUUAAUACUUUAUAAUAAAUAUAAAGCACUUAAAAACAUU